CAGUUCGCAUUAUUUAAUAACACGGGUACGGAACACACUCGAAAAAUAACACGAUUUACACGCGAAAAAGCAUAGGAAGUGUUUCAGCCGUAGCAACUCAUUUUUGUACCAUUUAGAAGAAGUUUGCUAAAAGGGUUGGGACGGGAAAAAGCGUGAGCGGAUGUGAAUCAGAGAUAAUAGGAGCUCCAAGAAAAUAUGUAUUCCUGUCUUAUUGAACUCGGAUUAUCGCAAACAAUACAGGACACUAGAUUUGUUUCCCUUGGCCUGUGAUUGGACGUGGUCGAGUAACAAAUGUACUUCUGAUUGUUUGGAGGUGCGGGGUCUCUUUUUCACGGCUCGCUUGACCCAUUAGAGAACUGUGGUUUUGCUACCAUUCGCAAGGCCGAUACAAACAACAAACCGCCGAUUUGGAGCCCACACUGUCCCUCCGUGUGAAAAUCCGGAUUUGGUGUCUUCACAUUUCAAAGAAAUUAAUAUUGGAUUCCAAUGGCCACAGCAAAGUCUCCCAUGCUUGCAUAAUUGUGGAUUGUAUUUUACCUGAAGGGAUUUAGCAGAUUCUCCGGAAUGCCGAGAUUUGGGUCCAAAGAGAAAAACACUGCUGAGAAUACGAAGCGAAUCCUACCGAAUUUCAGAGCAAGUAAAUUCAAGGCGAAACUUGAGGGGACUAAAAUCAAGGGAACUUUAAAGUGUUUGACAUGGGUGAAGAAAAAAAUCAAGAAAAAAGGAGCUAUUUUUCCUUUGUUUAUGAUUUUGGUCAACACGAUAUAUCUAGCAAUUGGUGGAAUAAUUUUUAUGAGUUUAGAAAGAUCACCAAAAGCGAAAAUCGACACUUCAAAAGACUUAAUAGAAAUUUUCAGUGUUCUUAAGCGUUCCUACAUAGGGAACUUAUCAUUCCCAGAUAAUGUAUCAAGCCUCGAUAUGGUGGGCAACCUAACUACCGCUGACCUUCAUAGAUUCGAAAAACUUCUAAGCAAGAUUCACGUAUCGCGGGCGCUAUCAGCAAAACCGCAAUGGAACAUACUGAAUUCUAUUUAUUUCUGUAUGACUGUCACUACUACCAUAGGCUAUGGCAGUCUCGCGCCAGUCACGGUCGCGGGGAGGGUUAUCUGCGUGAUUUACGCUCUAUUGGGAAUACCGCUGACCCUAGCAUUGCUGGCAGUAGUGGGUAAAAUCGUCGGAGAUUACAUCAACGACACAUGCGCACUCGUGCUCAAGUGGUUCCGCCACUUGUACCCAGACUACGAGUACGAAAACAUGAACCAAAACCAGGAGCUGGGCGAUGGGCAGAUAGACGCGCCCCUUUGGCUAGGGCUGCUGAUUCUGUUUAUCUUCACUACCAUCACCGCCGGGCUGUGCUGUUGGAUGGAAGGAUGGGAUUUCGGAACUUCUUUCUAUUUCCAGUUUGUCACCUACUUGACGAUAGGCUUUGGUGACGUAGUGCCUACUAGCGAAAAGUACACAUUUGUCUACAUCCUCUUGACCCUGCUCGGCCUCUCUGUGUUAUCUGUGACUUUGAGCCUCAUCGCUACCAACCUACAUCACCAAGUACAGAAAGCCAACUUCCUGGAGAAGCUAAAACAGCGAGAUAUUAGCACGACAGCCUCCGUGGCCUCCGGCGAGGAGUCUGGGGACGAGGAGUAUGACAGUACUCGGAGAAGGUCUGGGUAUCAGUCAGACGAGGACAGCGAACACUUCGCAGAAGAUGCCACGAAAUAUUACGGAGCUUACGGCGACAGUGGGGGGACAAGCUAAGAUGGCUAUUAAACGAUAUACUUGGGGGUAUUCCUAGCUUGGGGGAAUACUGUGACAUAGCUCAAAGAGAUACUCGGCGAUGUCAUUACUGUUAUGUGGAAAUCGCGUAUCAACUCAAU